CUAAAAGAUAAAGCAUACACACUGCCAUAUUACUGGACUAAUCAUUGUCCUGUUUGGAAUUAUAGCCACACCUGCAAUGACUAGAAGUUUAACCACCUUAAACCAAGCACUUAUCACAGUUCAGGGUGAACAGCAAAGCCGUGUGAUUUCUUUCAUCAUCACUUUGAGUUUGCUGGUCGUCAUUGUACUGGUGACCUUGUUCAUCUGCCUUAUGUUCAAAAGACACAAGCAGAACAAAAUAGAUCCGCCGGCCACAACAACGGCUAAAGAGGAAGUAACAUACAGCACUGUUAAGAAAAAGAGAAAGACUUCAAGCCAUCUUCACCAGGCUGAAGAAGCAGUAACAUACAGCACUGUUAAACCCAUGAGAAGAACUUCAGACCAGCGGUCCGAUGCUAAGAGGGAUGUGGACGUGAUAUACAGCUCUGUGCUUCAUGUAGAACAACACACUGUACACACGGUAAAUUUGAAGAGAUUCAAACCCAGACUCACACUUUUUCUCACAUACUUUAGGAUACAGAGUGAAGCUUUUUCCCAAUAUGUUCUAGCCACACUAGCAGCACGGCAAUAUGGAUGUAAAUGUCAGUCUGUCUGUCUGUUGGUGCACCACCUUUGUCAAAAUCACAACAGCGAGUGGAUGGAUUAUCAUAAGAAUUGGCAAAGAUGUUCCUGGUGUCCAGAUAAUGUAUCCCUACAAAUGUGGUGAUCCCUUAACUUUUCAUCCAGCACCAUCAUCAGAU